AAACGCCGACGUUCAGGAGACGCGUGGAGUCGCGCUAUAUAACCCAGGAACCCCGGUGUGGCCACGCGUUUCUCGCUCCCCUUUCACUCUCACCACCGCCGUUAGCAUGCCCCCCAGGAAGAAAGCCACCGCGACAGACGCGUCCGACGCGGCGAAACCGGCGUCGACGCGGGCGACGCGCUCGAGUACGCGGGCGAAGGCUCCCUCGUCCAAGGCUUCGACGUCUGCUGCUGCCGCGGUCGUACCGGCGCCGGCCUCGAAAGCGAAAACGAAGGCAAAGCGCGAGAGGGCCGCGUCUGAUGAGGAGGAUGAGGAAGAGGAGCCGGAUGCGAAGAAAGCGAAGACUGGUCAGAACGGUGCGAGCGAUGACAAGAGCGGCGGCGCGUCGCAGAAGGCGGACCCUCCUGCUAAGAUGGUGACUGUGGUCAAACGUGGAGCUGCGCCUGUCGACCCUUGCUCUGGUUGGGUAGAUACGCACCAAGUCUUGUCAACCCCGGAAGGCAUCUGGGACGCGACCCUAAACCAGACAGACAUAAGCAAGAAUGCUAACAAGUUUUAUGCGAUUCAGGUACUGCAUCCCGUAGGCAACGAUUUAGACUGCACGUUGUUCACGCGCUGGGGACGAGUGGGCGAAAACGGCCAGCAGCAGAAGAAGGGUGGAAUGUCCUCGUCUGCUGCCGUCAGUGCAUUCAAGGCACAGUUCAAGGCCAAGGCCGCGGUAAACUGGGAACAACGACACGGUAUGGUGGCGAAGAAGGGAAAAUAUCAGUGGAUAGAGCGUGUCUUUGAAGAUGAAAAGCCUGAGGACAAUGCGGGGCCAAGCGGCUCAGGCUCGAGCAAAAAGGAUGUUGAGCCGGAGAAGAUCCCUGAUUCGACCCUUCCGCAAGAGAUACAGGCACUAUGCAGACUCAUGUUCUCUGCGAAGCUCAUCGAUGCUACUCUGUCCUCGAUGAACUACGACGCGAACAAGCUACCUCUCGGGAAACUCGCCAAAUCGACCAUCCUGAAUGGGUUUGCUGCUCUGAAGACACUGUCAGAAGUCAUCUCGCAACCAGACGGUGACACAUCUAGACAGCACGGUGGUUACCGUUCUGCCGUCGAAGAAUUGACUGGCCGCUAUUAUUCUAUCAUCCCGCAUGUGUUCGGACGAAACCGCCCGACGACUAUCGAUUCAUUGCCUCUGCUGAAGAAGGAACUCGAACUCGUCGAUGCUCUAGGAGACAUGGAAGUAGCCUCGAAGCUCAUCACGUCCACGGUCCCGAAAGACGCGAACGGCAAGCCGCUCAACCCGCUCGACCAGAACUUCCUCUCGCUGCGCCUCUCUAGCAUGGACCCGAUCGCGCGGGCCAGCAAGGAGUUCGGCGCGCUGGAGACGUACACGCGCGAAACCCACGGUGCGACGCACCGACAUUACCAGGUGCAAGUCCUCAAUGCGUUCCGCGUCGAGAGACAAGACGAGACCGACGCGUGGAUGAGGGCCGGAAAUGACAAGCUUGCAGACGGAGAGCGUCUCUUGCUCUGGCAUGGCUCCCGUUCGACCAACUUUGCAGGUAUCCUCAGCCAAGGUCUGCGGAUUGCCCCUCCAGAAGCUCCCGUCACUGGCUACAUGUUUGGGAAAGGAGUAUAUUUCGCCGACAUGAUGUCCAAGUCCGCCAACUAUUGCCAUGCAUACUUGAGUGACAACACGGGUAUACUCCUCCUGUGCGAAGUCGCUGCGAAGCCAUUCUACGAACAGCAUGCCGCGAAUUACAACGCAGACCAAGACUGUAAGGCAGCCAGGGCGAGGUGCACGAAGGGUCUUGGACGAACGCAGCCUGCUGACUGGCAAGACGCGGGCGCCGCGUUGGAGAACGAUGCCCUCAGCGGUUGCCACAUGCCCAAGGGUCCUGGACAGGAUGUCCAGGGCAUCCAAGGAUACCUGCAGUACAACGAGUAUAUUGUGUACGACACGUCGCAGAUCCGUGUGCGCUACCUCCUCAUGGUCAAGAUGAACUAGUGAAACCACUACGCGAUUCGCAAAUGGACAUUGACAGUGCUAAUAUCUAUUGAGUUGUGGUGUAAUGAGUAUGUCAGUCAUGUUGCUCUCGCUUGCUG